CUGGGAGUAGUUCCCGGAGGGUUUCCUCGCUUCAGCCUGUCUCCGCUCCUACCCCGUCCUCGUCGACUGUUCCUGCUUCCCCCCUCCACAUCCAGCAUUCCAACAUGGCUGCUGCAGGGAGCCGGGCGCGCGCGCGCCCCCGCGCGCAGCAGAGGGUGGCGGGGGUGCAUCGGCAGGAUGCCAGAACUCCCGUCUGGCCUGCUGGAGGCAUGUGUGGUGCUUGGACCUCCCAGUGACAAGCUUCGAGACACACACCUGAGUAAGCCAGAUGAUCUGCCCCAGCUGGAAGCUGAGGUACUGCAGGUUCAUGCCCCACCGUUUGUUACCAAGGGAAGUAACUCAAACCAGGUGAUUGGUCCAGCUUUUAGCCGUGUUCAAAGAAGGAGGAGCUUUAUCAAAAAGAAGAGACGAGAUCGUGCUGCCGAGGUACAGUCAAACGGGGAAUCAGCCGGUCGCUCUGAGGUGUCAUCAGCAACAGAGGACAUCAGUGUUCCCAAGGAUCUGGAUCUCAUCGCUUUGCCACAGCUCUGUUUUCCUGGUGGUCUUCAAUUAACCAGUGAGCAGAAGGAGGACAGUUAUCACUUCCUGGUUUUUACCGACUUGUUUGGCAACCGAACCCAUGGAGUUGUUCUUAAGUACUACAGAGGAACACAGGAUGGUGUUGUGCAGAACGGCCACAGGUGGAAUUCAACCAAGCCCAGACUCUAUGCGCCUUUUGCUGUGUGUGUCAUCUCUAAGUUUCCCUACUACAAUGCCCUGAGAGACUGCUUGUCCUGUCUGCUGGUUCAGCUGCAAACUGCAAGACAAUCUGACUUUGAGGAAAUAGUCCAGGAGUUUUCUGCCAAACUGUCCCUGGUUCCCAUACCACCACCUGGACAGCUACACGUGUCCUUCAGCCUCCGUCCUCUUCAAGUGGUCCUCCCAUCCAGGGAGGAUCAGGACAGCCCUGUUAUAGACAUCGACCUUCAUCUACCACUCCUCUGUUUCAGUCACACAACACUACUCCAGGUGCUCUCCUGUCUCCUCCAAGAACAGAGGACCGUCCUCUUCUCCUCUGACUGGGCGAGACUUACUCUGGUUGCAGAGAGUCUGCUGCUGUAUUUGCAGCCCCUCUCAUGGCAGCAGCCCUAUGUACCUGUUCUGGCCAGAGGGAUGUUGGACUUCCUCAUGGCCCCUACCGCCUUCCUGAUGGGCUGUCACAUAAGUCAUUUUGAGGAGGUUGCUGCAGAGACAGAGGACCUAAUCCUGGUGAAUAUUGAUGAUGGCAUCAUUCAGUCAUCGUGGUCUGAAGUCAUCGACCUACCAGCUAUUCCUCUGGCUGCUGCAGAGAGCUUUAUGUCAAGGGCCGAGUGCCUCCAGCUUCACUACGACUUGGAGCUGUGCCACCUGGGAGCAGGCACUGAUGUCAAUGGCCUUCGAAUGCAACGCAGAAACUGGCAGAGGAGGCUUAACUCACAGAUACGAAACAUUACCUUGGAGCUAGUGGUCAACAUCUUCAGAGAGGUCCAGGACUUUCUCAACCACGAGCACAGAGUGUUUAACAGUGAGGAGUUUCUGAGGACAAGGGAACCCGCAGACCAGUUGUUUUACAAGAAGGUAUUAGAAACCCACAUCUUUCACUCAUUCCUGCGAGACAGGCUGAACAGGAAACGGGACACCUUCAGCCGUAUGGAGCUGAGCACACGCAACCACUCACAGAGAAAUCGCACUAUGACUGUGUACCCCCGUCGUCCUCCCAUGUUGGAACUGUCCAGGAAUGGCUACAACCGCUACACCAGCCCUGACCGCAGACUGAGCAAAAGGCUGGGAGCCAGUCUGCCUAAUUUAGAUCAGCCUUCACAUGACACCAUCCCAAUGCCAGCCAUCAACUCCAAUCGACCACAGUCCCUCAGGAAGAUGACUCCUGAUGCCGGUCAGUGCCAGUGCAGGAGAAGUCAAGCUCGUCCAAUUAAGUACCACUUCACAACUAAUUUCUUCGGUAUCGCUUUAGGGUUGAAGUCUCCUCAGACAGCUGUGAGAGUUUUCCGUCUGCCAGAGUUCCCUCCACCUUUGGCCUAUCAGUAUGUCCAGAACUAUUACUCCGACAUGGUGGUCUCACUGGGGAAGGCUAUUAACUCUGCCCCACCUGAGGAGUCUUCUCUGCUGGCCAGGUACCAUUACCUGCGUGGUUUGGUAAACACAGUGUCCAACAGGCGCCUCGAUGCAUUAGAGGAUUUUCAGAGUCUUUACAAGACCGACGCUGAAAUCUUCCCUUCUGAGAUGGUUAAGUCUCUGGUUGACUCCCUGCCAGAAGUUGAACGCUUACAGACGCAAAGACGACCGGAGCUCAAACGCCUCAUCAGUCGGGUUGAGCGGGACCAGGAGCGGGAACGCGCCGGUCAGGUCAGCGGACAGGAGGAAGGCACGGUCAAGCACUUCCAGCUGCCCAAAAAGUACAUGCAGAUGGAGGAGUUUGUGAAAUGUGUUCAGGAGUCUGGAAUAGUAAAAGACCAAGGAACCAUACACCGACUCUUUGAUGCCCUGACUGUGGGUCAUCAGAAGCAGGUUGGUCCUGACUUGUUCCGAGUGUUUUAUACAAUCUGGAAGGAGACGGAGGCCGAAGCUCAGGAGGUGUCCCUGCCGGCGUCUGUGUUGGAGCACAUCGAAACCAGUGAGUGCGUCUUCAAGCUGUCAUCCUCAGUCAAAACAAGCCGCGGCGUGGGAAAGAUCGCCAUGACUCAGCGGCGGCUCUUCCUGCUGACCGAUGGGCGACCGGGAUAUGUGGAGGAUCCCCAGUAUAUGCAACAGGCUCUGACCAAUGCCUUGCUAAUGGAUGCCGUUGUGGGCAGCCUUCAGAGCAGUAAGGCCAUCUAUGCUGCUUCCAAGCUGGGUCACUUUUACCGCAUCAAGACAGAAGUUCCCGUGAUGGUUCCCAAGACUACUUCAGAGACGCUGAAGCACAAAAUUAACCCCUCAUUGGAACUGGCUGCACCUCAGGCUGUGGAUGUCCUUCUGUACACACCAGGUCAGUUAUGGGUGUCUGUCAGUGGGGGGAAGGUGAUGGUGUUCGACGCCUCCAGCUGGUCUCUCACACACACCUGUCAAGUUGGGAAUUCAAGAUUGAACUGUAUGCUAGGAGUAGAUAAGGAUCAGGUCUGGAUUGGCUCUGAAGACUCUGUUAUCUACAUUAUUAGUAUGGUGGCCAUGAUCUGUAACAGACAGCUGACUGAACACAGAGCCGAGGUCACUGGACUGUCACUUGACAAUGAAAAAUACAGCCAGAAAGUGGCGUACUCUUGCAGUGCAGAGGGAACCAUCAUGGCGUGGGAUGUCUCAACGCUUCAGGUGAAGAGGCAGUUCCGGCUGUCCUGCGACCGCCUGCAGUCCGUUCACAGCCUUAACACGGCGCUUUGGUGUUGUGCGAGGGACAGUAUAAUGGAGGUGUGGAGGAAUGGCUCGGUAAAACACCGGAUCCAUUUGCCCGCGCAGCAGAGAGCCACGAUAAGCGCUGUGCUGCUCUUACCAGAGAGGGAGGAGCUGUGGAGUGUGUGCAUCGACUCCGCAGAAGUCUGCAUCUGGCAUCUGAAAGACGCCGGCAAGCCGUUCCGCUGCGUGGCGCUGCAGGACUGCACCGGCUGCUACUGCAUGAUAAAAGUGAAAAAACAGGUGUGGGUAGGGGCCGUGGGACGGAGUUCGACCAAAGGGAAGGUUUACAUCGUGGACUCAGAGCGCCACGAGGUUCUGAAGGAACUCCACGGCCACACGGACAGGGUGACGGCGCUCUGCUCCGCUGAGGACCGCUACGUCCUCAGCGGAGCAGGCAAACAUGACGGAAAGAUCGCCAUCUGGAAGUAUACCAACGCCACAGCCCCGCCUCUUUAUGCAAAUGACCGUGACGUCAGCGGAAGCAGGCGCUACGUAUCUUCUUCCGACAGAUAUUCUUUUAAAGGCGUAUUUAAAGCCCUGGCUUCAGUUGUAGGAGCAGCGGGCAACCUAUGCAACAGCGAGCCGCCGCGAAGCCGAGCGACGGUCCGACCUCUCCGCGGACACACGGACACGGAGCCGGCGGCCGACACGAAACCCGGCCGAGGUUGCUGCUGCAGAGAGGAGGAGGAGGAGGAGGAAGAAGAGGAGGAGGAGGAGGUUGAGGAGGAGAAGGGGGGGCGUUUACAGUAG